AUUACAUUUAGAUUGCAUAAUGAAUCAGAUAAUUCACUCUAUAUAGAGAACAAUGAUUUACAAGAGGAAAUAAAAGUAUGUCAAGGUCUUUACAAUUUAUUAUAAUAAAAUAAAUAAAUAUUUGCAAGCUUAAGUUACAUUGGUCUGUUAUUUUCUCUUUUAAGCAAAUAAUAGUAGCUUUUGUGAAAUUUAUGGACGAAGAUCAUAUUGUUGAUGGUGAAGGAUAUUAUUUGCUUUGCAAAAAGAAUAUUUGGAAUUUCGGAAAAAAUUGCGUUUUCUACAGAAAUGAUCAAAUAAUUCCACCACAUCAAUAUAAAUUUAAUUUCGAAUUGGAAUUCGCUAGUCAAGUAAUUAACAGGAAUGCUAGCUACGAUAGGGGCAGAAAUAAAAGUAUUACUGAUAGUAAUAAGAAAAAUAAUUCUAAUUUGCGAGGAGUAUCUUUGGAUGAUUUUGGAACGCCUAAGAGUAGUAAUAAUACAGUUAAUCAAGAGAUGAUACAGCAUAUGACAACAAGAGCAAGUAUUUCACCGCUUGAGAAUUGGGAUGUGAGACAAGGAGCUACGACAACCGAAUUUGAUUCAUUUGAUUCGCCAUUUGACAAUAAACAAUCCAAAUCAAGAUUUGUUGAGAGUACUCCCGCAACAUUAUGGGUAAAUCGACAAAGAUCUGUAGAUAAUGCAUGUAUAACACCGUUAGAUAAUCGGAGACCCGUGCAAAAACCAGUAGACAGUGCAUACGCGACAUUAUUCAACUAUUGUGGACCUAUUCAGAAGUCCACGAAAAACGUGUAUAUGACACCGAUCGAUAAUCGAGGGCAGAAAUCUCGUAUUUCUUCGUUUACAAAUAGAGAAUACCCAGAAUCGAUGCAACAAAAUAGUAAGGGUUUAUUCGGAUAUCAAGAAAUUCUAGACAAUGUUGGAGAGACAUCCAGAACAUCGUCUAUAAGAUUAUCUCAGGAAUCCUUUACAGGAAGUAAUUGGCCAAGUCAAAGUUCGUUUGAAACUACGCUAUCAUUAGAUUCUGGAUCACAGAAAGUUUCUGGCAUUUCAAAAUCACCAUUCCAAACGCUAAGACAAAUGUCGAGUGUAUCUAAUGGUACGGAUGAUUUUAGUAAUUAUUCUUUUGGUGAUGAGGGUGAAUUAUCGAUGCGGAAUACAGCGGACAAUCUCUUGUCAAGUGAAAGGAAUAAUAAUCGGGAAACAAAUGACGAUCUUGAAGAUAACAAUUUUUUUAGUCUCUUCAACCCUUUGAACUACUUUCGAAAAAUGUUUCCAGGAAUAUAAAGUAUAUAAUAUGUUUAUUUUUAGAUAUCUCCAAAAUUAUUAUUAAUGGUAAUUUGUGUAAAAAAAAGUGUAAAAUUAUUUACAAAUUGCAUAGAAUGUACUCAUUAUAGGCUUGCAUUUAUUAUAUAUAUUAUUAGUAUAUUAGUUUAAUCAACAAUGUAAAUAUUCAAUAAAUUAUGAUCGUACCACUACCAUAUUUUAA